CACUUAAUUGGCAACCCGUGAUUCAAUUAAAUUUCCGAAUUUUUUCGUCAUUUCCAGUUUUAUAAUACUCGAUCAGGAUGUCUCUACCUCAAGUCGAUAUUUCAAAGCCACGAUACGAGCAAUCGACAUAUCUCAAUCGUGCAAAGCAUUUUAUUUUAGUUACCAACCCGUUAAAUGUGUUAGCCAGCAAUGCCGAGUUGGAUCGAGCAGCGAGGAUCGUAAAUGAUUACAAACGUGGAAAACCAGUUCCCGAUGUGACAUCCGUCGACGAGUUAUGGAAGGCAAAAUAUUUGUACGAGUCGGCUUUUCAUCCGGAUACGGGCGAGAAAAUGACCCUCAUCGGGAGAAUGUCAGCUCAAGUACCCAUGAACAUGACGAUCACAGGUUGCAUGAUGACCUUCUACAAGUCAACGCCAGCUGUUCUCUUUUGGCAAUGGGUCAAUCAGUCCUUUAACGCGAUCGUCAAUUACACAAACAAAUCUGGCGGAUCCACAAUUUCCAAUGAAACUCUCUUUUACUCUUAUUGUGCGGCAACAGGAGGUGCCAUCGUUACCGCAUUGAGCUUAAAUAAGCUUUUCAAGAACAUGCAUCCAUUAGUUGGUCGCUUGAGUCCGAUGAUAAGUGUUUGGAGCGCAAAUUGUAUCAACAUUCCAUUGAUGAGAUUUGAAGAAUUGAAAACAGGAAUCGUUGUUCGCGAUUCAAAUGGCAACGAAAUCGGUCCAUCGAAAAAAGCAGCUCAACAAGGAAUUGCAGCAGUUGUCUUCAGUCGUAUUUGCAUGGCAACUCCUGGAAUGUUAUUCACGCCAAUUCUCAUGAACGCUCUUGAAAAACGCAACGUCUUGAAACGUUACCCGUGGGCAAAUGCUCCCAUCCAAACGCUAUUUUGCGGUUUCUGUCUGACUUUUGCGACGCCACUUUGUUGCGCGCUGUUCAGUCAAAUCGCAUCGAUCAAGGUUGCCGACUUGGAGGACGAUCUCAAGGAAAAAAUCAAAAAGGCAGAUAUCAAAGACGAUGUCGUUUAUUACAACAAAGGACUCUAAAUUUAUUCGCUUGAUCUAAUGAACGGCAACAAUAUUUUAAAAGACAAUAAGUCAAUUUGACGAAAAAAAUAAUUAAAAAUGUGUCAUAAAAAUCGUAAAUGUAUACCAGAGAAAUUGUAAUGUUAAGUUGUUAAUGGAAAUGUUUUAAAUCUGUCUGACUAUCGAAAAAAAAUAAAGUAAAAAAGUUGAUGGGAACUUCUGGAA